AUGUCUCGUGGUAACAAUACAAUAUCCUCGCAACAUAACGAUAUUCAAGGAAAUGAUGAACUAAUACGAACAUAUUCUGAUAGUUUUGAACAUUAUAUAUCACACAAUGAUUCAUUAUUAGGUGUAUUUUAUGGUAUUGGUAUGAAUGUAAAUAAUGUAUUAGGAUCAGGAAUAGUUACUACACCAGGAAUUAUUUGGAAAUCAGUAAAAUCUCCAGUGAUUGUAUUAAUUUUAUGGUUUAUCGGUGGACUUGUUAGUAUGGCAGGAUCGUUAUCUUACGUUGAACUUGGAGCUAUGCAUAAAAUAAGUGGAGGAGAAACAAAAUAUUUGCAAACAGCUUAUCCAAAACCGAAACUUAUGAUGAGCUAUCUUUUCAGCUUUAUGUUUAUUUUUGCAAUUCGUCCAGGAAUUAUAAGUGCUGUUUUACAAUCUGCUGCGCAAUAUUUUUGGUAUACUAUUACCGGAAGUUCUUUGGAAAAAGUCGGAGAUAAAAAUGGAUGGGAGCUAGGUUUUGCUCCAUUUUGGUCUAUAAAAUUAAUUGCAAUUAUAAUUUUGUUCAUUAUAACUGUGUAUCAUAUGUUAAGUAACAAAUGGGCAAGUUAUAUAAAUCAAACAUUGGCAAUUAUCAAGUUUUCUACAUAUUUGACUAUCGCCAUAGUUGGCAUUAGUAGAUUAUUUUUAGAUCGGGAAAAAAGUCUUAGUAACUGGCAAGUACCAUUAGAGGGAGAUACAGAUAUCGCAGCAUACUCCAGUUCGGUUUUGUUGAUUAUGUUCGCCUAUAAUGGCUGGAAUAACUUGAAUUAUUCAUUAGAUGAAUUUAAAAAUCCGGAAAAGAAAUUGAUUUUCAGUAAUAGCAUCAGCGUUGGAAUCGUCUCUAUAAUGUUAGACGUGGAUACUGAAACGACAAAUGAAACUAUAGCAGCAUCAUUCUUUUCUCAAUUAUUUAAAAGCGAAAUAGUUGUUAGAAUUUUCACUUUACUUAUUGUACUCUCUGUAAUUGGAACUGCUGCGUCUACAGUAUGGAGUGGAUCAAGAGUUAUUGUUGCAGCAGCAAGAUCAAACUUCUUUCCAGUAUAUUCGGAUCAAUUAAAGACAUGGCAUGAAGAUUAUAAUACACCAGUUAAUGCACUUCUAGCGCAAUUUAUUUGGUGUUCACUAAUUAUAUUAUUUGUUGGUAGUAGCUUUAAAAUUACGAGUUUUCAAUUAUUUUCAAAGUUUGCAAUGUAUAGUUUUUGGAUUUUUUAUUUGGCUACUGGUGUAGGAUUACUGGUACUACGACAUAAAAGGCCCGAUAAACAUCAAAAUCACCUAAUAAUCUCCGUAAUCUCCAUGGAAUUAAGAUAUUGUUGUAGUCUUGAUAAUGCUAUCCCAAUUUGGCAGAUUGUUUGGACAAAUGAAACUAUAGCGUACUUUAGUCAAGAUAACGCUGUUAGAAAAUUCAGUUUACUUAUUGUGCUCUCCAACUGCAGUAUGGAGAUAAAUUAUUACAUUUUGCAUAUGUUUAAACGUCAAAAUUAA